ACAAGAGCACGGAGGGCACAAAUCUUCUGACCACCUCGCAACUUUUUUUGGGCCACAAAAACUCGCUCCGGCCCGAAAAAUUAUAAUGAAAUAAACUCCCUGGUUUGCUCAGAAGACGUAAGAGUUGACGUUAAAGUGACUUUUUAAAGCUGGAGCCGCUUCCUUGUUCGACAACGGGGUGAAAUAUCUCAACAUCCUCACAAAGAAACUUUUGCUUGCUAGGCAGCUAACUCGAACUCAAGCCAGCAAAAAAAAGUAUGAUCACCGCCGAAGACUUGAUCAGAGGCCAUAAAUAACAACUCGUCUGUAGAGAUAAGUGUUGCUGGUAGUUGUAUAAACGUGGGAAUGGUCUAUGUAUGACUCAAGACUGAGUUUUGUAACGGUUUUUGAGUAGUCAUCAUCACCAGGAGGAGGAAGAGUUGCAGCUGGUAGCCAGCACACCACCAGUGUUUCCACCAGAGCGCCCCCAGAUCUCCAUCAGGCAGGACAUACAUUGCUCAUUUCAGCUAGUUUAGAGCCAAGCUGUCUCAGAUUUGUCACUGGAAAGAUGUCAGGCCGAAGUGGAGCUGGACAGACCCGGGGAGCUGCCGUGGGUCCGCAGCCCCUCAAGGCGACCAUUCCCUACCAGCUGGCCAGCAAACCUCGACCCAGUCGGAGAGAUGGAAAGUCAGCUGGAAAGGCCAAACCACAGCAGCUGAGCCCCGGCAUGAGGCGGACGAUGUCUCUUGAUGCCAUCAUUGGGCCGUACCUGCAGGGACACUGGCCCAAAGAACCGGAGGGCCAGGGCAGCCUGUCUCGCAAGGACAAAUCCACUCAGACCCCAGACUCAUGGACAGACAAAACCCAGAGCAGGAGAGGUAGCAGCAGCAGCAGCAGCAGCAGCAGCAGUCACAAACGGUCGGCAUCAUGGGGCAGUGCUGAGCAUCUCCGGGAGAUUGCUAAACUAAAACAACAGCUGCAGCAGCGCAGCAAACCUGCAGUCUCAGGGGGACAUGACAAAGACCGUCAGUGUGGGUAUCCUCAGGGGAACUGUAGCCUGGGAACUACUCAGACUCAGCCAAUUCCCAUCCCUCACGCUCCCCUGUCUACACUGGUCCCUCGGCUGCGCUGCAGUGUGGAGGGCCUCAACCAAGAGCUGGAAGGCAUGUUCAUCUGCCAGCCAACAUAUCAGCAGCACAGGCUCCUUGAGGUUCCAGACGGCCACCGGGCUCCAGUCCCUCCACUGAGCUGCAGCAGUGGAUCUCAGAGUGACCCUGCUACCACCACACCUCUCUCCUCAUCUCCGACUUCCUCCUCCUCACCAUGCUCCUCUCCCUUCUACGUCUCCACCUCCCUACCCAAUUGUGAAGACACACUUCUGGACUUGCACCCAGGGUUGAUAGACAGCGCAGAGAUGUGCCUCCUGUCUCCACUCUCCUCCCAGAAUGAGGCUGACCCCUCUCUGCCUCUGCCAAUUUCUUCUUCACCAGGACCCAACAAAAGCUGCUGCUUCCAGAGAGAGCCUCCAGAGGGUUGCGAAAAGAUCCGCGUCUGGGAAGAAACCAGCGCUCCACGUGAGCAGAAACCAGCCCUCAUCUCCUCCUGCCCUGACCCCAACAAAGUCAACUUUACCACCCACGGGGGCUCUGCCUUCUGCCCCGUCAGCCUCCUCAAGCCGCUGCUCCCUUCCAUGGACCUGUUGUUCCGAAGCCUCUCGGUCUCUCCGUCAGGCAGUUGCUCAAACCAGGGAACAAGCUCCUGCCAGGCAACCUCCUCUAGCAACCGGGCCGCUCCUCCAGAUGCUCCUUCUUCCGCUGCUGUCAUGGGAGAAAGCUCCGGAGAGGGCCUCGCUUUCUGAUCGUGGUGGAAGACUUCUUCUGUGGAAAUGACGAAGCGUAAUGCAAAUAUUCCAGAUUUGUUCAUGUUGCUUUGUUUUAGGAAAGAUGAUUCCUUUUCUAAACAGGUAGAUGUUAUAAAAUAAUAUUGAAAAAAAUAAUAUACGCAAUCCAAAGGAUGUGCUUUAUAAGCUACUUGUUUUAGGUUUCCGUGCAUUUCUAAAUUAAGACCUUUUCUACGUGUUGUCACUUCAUUAUCCAAAGAUGUAUUUUUUGGCCAAACACAAGCGUGUGAGAGAUGAGACGGUCUUAUUGCUGAACUUCUCUCUAACUCUACUCUUAACUCACUCGCUGCACAGAUUUUUUCUUCUAUUCCCCAAAGAAUCAAACACACAUACUUGUUGAUACUGAUUGUUUUAGACUCUGACUGCAGUGUGUCAUCUCUGUCCAAAAUGUUACAAAUCCUGAACUGAAGCAAAAACCUUCUUGGACAAAUUUGUUUUUAAGUAUUCAAAAGAUAUUUUUCUGCAUUUCACGUCAAUUUAUUAUUAUUUUUUUACCUAACACCGUCUGCGGUGUACAAAGCACGACAAAUCAGUUGGGUUUUAUUUACCUGAUGAAAACAUUUCACAAUGAAAUCACAUUUUGAUUAUUGUAGACUGAAGGGAAUUUUUCCAGCUGUUGGACUUUGGUAGCAUCAGUACCUUUUUUACAAAAAAAAAAAAAAGACUUCAGCUUCUGCAUUCCUGCUUUAAAAGUUGUACAGUGCAUUAUUUUUGUUUGUCAUAUUGUUUACUUGCAAAAAAAAGUAACUUGUGCACGUUUUGAUGGAUAAAACUUGUGUAUUCUUGAUGCUUUAGACGUGUGCUCGAUGGUAUGUUUAUAGUUUUGAGGAUUCACAGCCUAGUAGAGACUACCUAACUAGUUUUAGUGGUGUAGAACUGUCAUCCUUGAUGUUUAGCGUUCCUACAAAGAUGUUCUUGGUUUUUUGUUUUUGUUUGUUUUUUCCUCUGUUAAGCUGACAAGUUGAUAGUUCAUAUUUCUGGUAGACAUGUUUGCACAAAUUGAACUGCUACUUUGGAGUUGCAAUUCUUAUUUUUAUAUUCACUUUUGUACUUGGUCAAUUGUACUUGUUAAAGAGUAGUAAUGUGUAUUUUCUACGUCGUUUUCAGUUACCUGCAACAUAAGCUAAAAAAAAAAAAAAGAAACCCUGUUACUUUUAGUUUUGUUCUGUCAGUAUAAUCGAGGCAGGUGUUAAAUGAGAUAUUGUAUCGGGUGGAUUUUUAUGCACUUCCAGGAGAGGGUUUUUAUAUGGAGGAGGAGACGUUUCUUCCAUACGUUAGUCCUGGGUUUAUUGUGUCUGACAGGAAAGGUUUUUUGUGUGUGCACGUGGAUGGAGAGUUCACUAGUCGUUUGAUCGUUUGAUUAACUUCUCCUAGUUUUAGUAUCCUGGUGAAAUGCUGAUGGUUUGAAACAUUGUCUUUUUUCCAAAUAAGCCUAAAUGUCAAUGUUUUAUGCAUCAGUGUGAUUUCUGGGGACAUACUGUUAUCUCAGGUUCUGUGUUCUGU